AUGAACCGAGCAUGGGCUUUGUUCAAAUCUCACCCGUACCUCAGUAACAUCAUUGGCUACACGGCUCUGUUCGCCUCGGCCGACAUCAUCCAGCAAAGCUUGCUGGGAGGACACGCUGGACAGCAGGGACAGCACACAUUAGUGAGAGACAGUGAGACAGACAGACUCUCAUUAUCAGAGUCCGGGACUGCCUCUCAAGAUGCCCCUCUGUCCGGUAUCGACUGGGCUCAGACUGCUCGUGUGGCACUGGUUGGAUUCUGUUUCCAUGCCAACUUCAAUUACAAUUGGCUGAGGGCACUGGAGAGGAUGUGGCCAGGGGGUGGAGUCAAGCGAGUGACAGUUAAAGUGGUGGUGGAUCAACUUGUAGCGGCCCCCGCGACCAUCAGUGCAUUCUACAUAGGUCUCAGUGCACUUGAAGGAAGAGAGGAUCCUUUCGAAGACUGGAGAAAUAAAUUCUGGACUUCCUAUAAGACUGGAGUGGUAUACUGGUCUAUGAUGCAGGCUGUGAAUUUCUCUCUGGUCCCCCCGGUGGCACGAACAGUAUUUGUGGGAGGCGUUGCUCUUACGUGGACUGUGUAUCUCUGUCAUUUUCGACAGCUUAAAAGUGACUCUGAGCCAAGUUCCUCCUCAUAGAUGCUUUAAAAAGAAGACACAUAACACAAGAC